GACACUCAACAGACACUGAAGCUUUAUAACAUUAAACUUUGUUUCCUGUCGACCAGCUGAACAACAACAUGCUCCAACGGUGUGUUGUGUUGGUGCUCGUUGCUCUAACUGCUGUUUCUCUGGCAACUCCGGUCCCAGAAGGCGCUACAGGUGAACCUGCGACUGCACUACCAGACGAUGCCGACAGCACUGAACACACUAAAGCCCCCUCAGAAUCAGAUGAAACAACUGAAUCACCAGCUGCUUCAGAUGACAGUGAUGGAAAAGAUUCCACAACAGAGGAAACGGGUAAAGCCGAUGGUGAUGCUGACAGCAACAACUCUGUAGAACAAACUGAAGCUCCUUCAGACUCAGAUGAGACAAAUGAAGCAGAUACUGAGGAAAGUGCAGCCAAAGUAGAAACAGACGACAGCACUGACACUGACGACAACAGUGAUGUAAACUCAAAGGAGGACAGCAGCAGUGUUUCUGAGGCUGAGGCUGACCAUGAAAUAACCACAGACAAGAGCUCCGGUCAGACCAGCGAUGACAGCAGUGACAUGGACUCCAUCAAAAAUUCAAACACAGGCAGUGCUUCUGAGGCUGAGGCUGACCGCGAAGUAACCACAGCAGACAUGGACAAUAGCCAAACCGAUGAUGACAGCAAGACUCUGGAAGACGUACAGGAAGGGGGGGAGACAGAAAGUGAAAAGCCAGUGGAGGAGGAGGAGGAGAAGGAGGAGGAGGAGGAGGGAGGAGAAAUAAAAGAAAUAGAUAGGUCAGAUGAGGUAGAACCAGCAGAGGGAGAGAAGGACAACAGCAAAGGGAAUGAUGACAGCGAGACUGAAGACAAAGAGGACACUGAAACUACAAGUAAAGCUGACAGUGAGACAAGUCCACCUGAUGGUGACGGUAGUGAUGCGGACAGUGACACCAACAGCGAGGCUGAGUCUGACAAACAGGACAGGAGUGACAUGCCAAACUCUGAGGUCACAGAAAAGGAGGAGGUGAACCAGGACAACUCUGAAAAGUCAGAUAGUGAGGAUCCUGAAGAUCACAGUCCAGAAAUGCUCGACUCCACUGAAGCAACACCUGCUGACCAACCAGACCACCGUGACAACUCCACCCCUGCCACCACACAAGCUAUGAUUUAGACACUCGGCCUCUGUGGAAGCUCACCAACUCCAGGUAUUAACAUACACUCUUGUUUCUUGAUGGAAAUGAACCUCUGAUCUUUGAUGCAUGAGUACACAGACCUUUUUUGUGUAGAUGAUACAAAUUCAUAUGGCCCAGGCUCCAAUACUUUAAAUGGGACACACAUCACUCUUUGAGUCAUAAAACUCAUAAAUACUGAAGAAUCAUUGAAGACUCACAUUCAACAUUUGACUUAAAAAGACAAAAUCAAGCAAAGAUUUUUAUUGAGAAUCUCAAGCUCCAUGAUCAUGGUGAUUAUACUGUCGUGCUCCCCCGCUGUAACAUCAGCAGCUUAAAAUCGGUACAUCACAGUGUAUUACACAUUAUCAUUACUGCUCUCUACUGCACACUGUUGGAUCUUCAAGCUCUACUGUUAAAACUGCCUCACCUAUCUCAUUUAAAUGUUAUAACAACAUGAUCCAAUGACUGGCACCUCAGACACACUAUAUGCACUUGCUAAUCUGAGCAGAACUACUUUCAGGUACUCUGCAACUUUUAAAUGAGCUGCAAACCGACCUCAAACUAUUCAUUCAUUUCCCU